GAGAGCCGCGGCCUCAGGGCGGCAGCGGCGGUGCCGGGAGGGCCGGACCGGGCCGGCCUGUGCGGGGCGGACCGAGGGGCCUGCGGGAGCGGCGUGAGGUCUUUGAAAUACUACCGAGACUUGGUCACCAGGGGGUGGAUUGCUGAGGAUACACCUCUGCCCUCUGCACUCAGGACAUGUAUGGCUGAAGGGCUCAGCCCCUUCCCUGGCUGCAGGGCAGCGCUGUUCUCCUUCCCACCAUGUGACCUGGCACACCUGCACAGCAAAUAGCUCCUUUUUUGAAAGAAUGAGCACAUGCCGAUGGUGCACACAGAGUGGUGCUGACACCACCGAGUUCCUGAAGCACUAUGCUGCUCAAAGACUGUCCCAGGAAGAUUUUGAAGGAUCCAAUGAUGACCUCUGUUACUGCCUGGAGUGUGUGGUUGAAUACCACAAAUCGAGGGAAGAAUGUCCAAGGUUGCAUGAGGACUUGUGGGACUUGGAAACCUCCCGCCUUGUUGCCCACAUGGAGAAAUCCAUGAAUGAAGAAACAGGAGAAGAUGAUGAGUUGUUUCUGAUAGAUGAGAAUGGGGAGACACGUCUGUCUGGAUAUGUGGGCCCAAAUUUUGAGAACAACCUGCGAGUGCCCCUGCUGGAAAUACUGAAAUAUCCCUAUCUGCUGCUGCAUAAGAAAGUCAGUGAGCUGUGUGUAGAAGUGCUCUGUAGAAUGGAACUAAGCCACGACUCCUUUCAGGUCUUUGAGAAAUACCCAGGAAUCUAUCUCUUUUUGGUACACCCAAAUGAGGUGAUUCGUCGAUGGGCCAUCCUAACAGCAAGGAAUUUAGGGAAGGUUGACAGGGAUGAUUACUAUGACUUAGAGGAAGUGCUGACUUGUUUGUUCAAAGUUAUUGAGUUGGGACUUUUUGAGAAUCCAGAUAUUUACAGCUCUUCAAUGUUUGAAAAGGGUAAACUCAUCCUUCUGCCAGCUCAUUUGUAUGAUACAGCCAACUACAAGAACUAUUGGCUGGGGAUCUGCAUGUUGCUGUCAGUGCUGGAAGAACAAGCCAUGGACUCUUUGUUACUGGGCCCUGAAAAACAAAAUGAUUUCAUGCAGUCUAUACUUCACACUAUGGAGAAAGAAGCAGCUGAUGAUUCCACUGACCCCUUCUGGCCUGCCCUGCAUUGUUUCAUGGUUAUUUUGGAUCAGCUCGGAUCUAAAGUUUGGGGUCAGCUUAUUGAUCCUGUCCAAGCCUUUCAAACCAUAAUAAACAGUGUGAGCUACAACAAUGAAAUCAAAAAUAUUCGCAGUAGCUUUAGGAGGACAAAAUCUGAACCAGAGUCAGACUACGGUGAUGACAUGAUUUCUUGCAGUCAGAUUGUGUAUAAUUAUAACACAGAAAAGCCUCAAAAGGACACUGGAUGGAAGGCUGCCAUUUGCCCAGAGUACUGCCCCAACAUGUAUGAAGAUAUGCAGUCCCUGGCUAACAUGCUUCAGUCUGACAUUGGCAGAGAUAUGCGUGUCCAUCACAGCACGUUCCUCUGGUUCAUCCCCUUUGUUCAGUCCCUUAUGGAUCUCAAGGACUUGGGUGUAGCCUAUAUAGUAGAGGUCAUCCACUACCUUUGCUCAGAAAUCAAAGACAUCCUCAUCGAACGAAUCCAGCAGUGCGACAAAAUCUCUGAGUUCUUCCUCCUCAUCUUAGUGUCCAUUGUUGAGCUACACAGAAGCAAGAAGUGCCUGCAUUUGCUGUGGAUCAGCUCCCAGGAGUGGGUGGAGGCAGUGGUGAGGUGUGCUACACUUCCCAGCAGAGCCUUCACGCGGUGCAGUGAGAAGGCGCCGGCGCUGUGUGCCAAGGGCUCGGGCGCGGGGCUGUUCCAGGCCCCGAACUCGGUGCAGCACGCCUGCGUGCAGCUCAUCCGCAGCCUGCUCAAGGAGGGCUACCAGAUCGGCCAGCACGCCCUCUGCAAGCAGUACCUGGACAAACUCAACCUCCUCCUGCGGGGAAAUCGAGCUGUGGGGUGGCAGCUGAGCAGCCAGGAAACCCAGGAGUUGCAAACGUGUUUAAAGCAAGUUAUAAGAAGUAUAAACGGCAAAGCACUGAGCACCUCUUUGGCUGGAGGAAGCAGUUCAAACUCAACAGCUUUGCCAACCAUCUCGAUAAAGCACGAGAGGAAUGCAUGUGAUGAUGGAUACAAGAUGAGUGGACAUGAGAGAGAGGACCUUUAUUCACCAUUUGUCAUGUCAAAGGAAGGCAGAGAUUGUCAAGAGAACCCUUUCCAUAGGAGAAAGAAUGCCUGGGAAGAGGAAUGCAGAGAUGCAUCUAGAAGUUCAACAGCUUGCACAUCCACAGAAGGCCUCUUGAUGCGUAUUAAAAAGGAACCUGAUAACCUGACAGCUCAGGAGUGUAUCUUCCCACAGAACUCACUGGCAACAAAAGAAGGUGGGAAAGUUCAGGAAAAUAGGAACUAUGAUCUUGUGGCAGGGAAAUGCAAUGCGGAUGAUCAAUGCUUUAAUUCAAAUGCCCAGCAUUCAGAUUUCAGGAGGGGCAGAGAGUUAGAAAUCAAACACGAAGCAGAACCCAGAACGCCACCGCAUCUGUCUGCUCAAACUCAUCUUGAUUCCCUAUCUUCAAGGAAUUGCAAAAGUAUGCAGGAGACAAGUGUAAACAGUGUGUUCCAGUCCACACUGGUCCCUACUAAACAGCUAUCCAAGGAAGCAUCGCUAGAUUCCUCUAACUCUAGAAAUGAACCUGGGGUGCAGGGGAAGGAAGAUGACAGUACUUUGCUUUUAGGGCGUAAUGACGCCUCACCAAAAAAAGUAUCAACAGAAGAAAAAUCAGCUUCAUCAUUGAUGUCUUUCUUUAGGAAAAACUCUAACAUGCAAACUUCAAACCAGGAGCAGCCUAAUUUAAAAGACUUGGAUAAAUAUGACUGCAAAAAUCAAAUUUCUGAGACCUUCUGUAGGGAUAAAAUUUCAGCAUGUGGUUAUUUUCCAUUUAGCUCUGAAAACAAGAGGGAUAUGAUCAGGCCACUGUCAGUGAAGCGUGAAUCAAGUGACAGGUUGUUUGAGUUUUCGGAAUAUUUCAAGAGGGAGAACAGUUCAGUGGGGAAUAAAGAGGAGGAUUCUGUGAAGACGGUUUCUAAAGAUGAUGCUAUAUCAGACUCCCAGGUUGAUAGAGAGCUCAGUAAAUUAUCUUUAGCUGCUUAUGCCAAAAGCAUCAAUUUUUCUGUUGUGUCCAGCCAGGAAAGCUCAGCGUGCCACAAUGUGUCUGAUAUUAGAAGGAAAGUGAAAGGUACUGUAAGAUCUUCCAAUGAGGGCCAAAGUACCAGGUGUCCCUGUGGUGCAGAUGGCCCUAACAAUCAAGUCAUUGUAAUUUCAGACUCUUCUGAUGAAGAAAAAAGCGUGUCUGACAAGGAGGAAACAAAAACCAAGAAUGAAAAUGUGUGUGCAGAGCAGUCUUCAGCUUCCAGCAGCAUUUCAGAUAGUGGCACUAAAAGAGAAUCAAAGUCUCCAGGCUCUCCCAUGUUACUGGAUGAUUGUGAUUCUCAGUACUUUGAAUUUGAAACAGAAGCUGAGGUUUUUUCAGCUUGGCAAGAUACUCAAGCGUAUGCUGUGGAAACAACUCAGGAGUAUAAACAAGAUCACGUUAAACCAGCAGCUGAGAGGAGUAAUUCAGAUGAGUUCCAGAACAGUAACUUAGAUUUAUGGGGUUAUGAUCUGGAUUACUUAAGUGAUGACACCAUGGAAGAAGCAGCAAGCUCGAUAGAAAAGCAGACAGAGGAUAUUUCUCAUCAGAAAGUAGUUGAUGAUACAAAAGAAGCAACUAAUUCAACCUUGCAAGAAUCAGUUAGUAAGGAAGAUGCAAAAGGUCAGCUGGAGAAAUGUGUAGACAAAGGUACUGCUAAAGGCUUCACUCUGGACUCAAAAUUGCCUGAACCCAGAGCAUCUACAUCUCCCCGCUCCUUAGCUUCAAAGUUGGCCCUUAAGAAAAACAGCACAAGCCCACGGAAGGCCACAGCAAAAUGUAAAUCAGCACCGGCUGUUCAGAGAAGUCCUAAAAAACCUCCCGUUGUUAAAACAGCCAAAAAUAAAACACCACUUCAAAGCAUGCCAGAGCGUUCUCAGCCUGGCAGGUCAAUGCCUGCUGUGGUUCCUCCAAGAAAAGUUCGGCAGAGUCCUGCUCCAGCAUCGACUGUGGAAAAGCUGGGCCUGAAGAAGGGCCCCCGCAAGGCGUUUGACUUGUCCCAGCCCUCCCUGGAGAGCCUGGCUCUGCUGCGCAGCCACGGCAAAGCUGCAGGCAGAAUUGGAGUUGCACAGAAAAAGAGGACCCAACAGAUCGAGGCUCAGCGUUUGUCUGUGAAACAUAAUAAAAAACUGCUCAUCUGCCAAGACCUUCGCUAUUCAAGGGAGGCGAGGUCCAAAAGAAGUGCGAAAACUUCUGCAGGAAGUUUGGAGAGCAGAAACAAAGUUACCAAAGCGGGUGCAAAACCUGUGGAACAAAAGCCUCAAAGUUUUGAAUUGGCAUCUCUUAAAGAAUCUGCUGAAAACCAAAGGGAGAAAAAAAGAGAAGAGACUGCUUGUCCCUCUGCCAGCGAGAGAAAAUUGGAGAGCCUCUCUAUGGAGGAGGUGGCAAGUGCCUCUAAAAUGCCUUGUUCUUCAGACUGGAACAGAAAAUGGGAGGGUAACAGUGUGGUGGUUCCUCCUGUCCCUAUGGAUUCAAGUCUCUCUUCCACUGCACUUGGAGAUGAUAAAAAUGAGUCUUCAGGAAAAGGUUGCACUGUCCUGCCUGAGUGUGAGGUGAAAACUUCAAAGCAAAAUGGGUGUAAAUCAGAUGAAAGCAGUGACGAAGGUGAUGAUAAUCUGUUUUUAACUCAGUUAGAUCCUGUGGAUAUGGAGUUAUGCUCUCAGGAGGAAAGUGUUCAAGAUGCUGCUGUAAGUAGCAAGACCCCAGAGGAAAUGGAUGCUGAUGAAACUCUUCAGCAGAACGAACCCUCAGCUGUUAGGAAAUGUAGCUAUAAAGACUGUAUGGAAAAGGUGGAAGAACCUGGAGAAUACUGUAGUAAACACAAAGCCACCAGCCCAGGGGCAGAUCACGUGUUUGCCAAGCCUUCUCUCCUGCCACCUAAAAUAAGAAAGCCUUCCACUACCAAAAUUUUCAGCUCAGCAAGUUCUUCACGGAACGCAGCCUUCAGCAAAGAUCUUGAGGAUGUCCGAAAGUUACCCCCACCUUCAAAAAGCAAAGUGAAUGCGGCCAAACCGGUGGUAGUCAGGCCACCACUGUAUCCAAAACCUGCACCAGCAGGAAAUCCAACGUGCAAAUCUCCAAGUUUCAGUAAUGUACCUCAAGCCCUCAGUACCAAUAAUGUUCUCCAGUCACAAAAUAGACGCUAUGACAAUGCUUCGAAUAUUUCCAGAGGGCCUGGCCGAGAAACCUACUCCUCCUUUCUUGGUGCUCAGCAGCGCGAUUACAGCAUUUUUGUUAACCAAGUCCUAAAGUGGACUUACGAAAUGUUUGCAAACUUCAGCCACUUUGGAACUCCCAAGAAUCUUCUGCAGUCCGUAGUAGCCUCUGUUCCUGUCCGAUUUCAGGGCUACAAUGACUAUUUUAAUACAUUUUUCCCCUUGAUGAUGCUCAAUGCCUUUGAAACACUGGCACAAGAAUGGGUAGAAAACCAGAAAGGAAGGGAGAAAAGUUACUGCUUCUACUUACAGAACUUUUCUGCUGACAUGAAUACAGCACAUUUUACAGCUCAUUUACGAGAGAGUGAUUUGGCAAGGCAGCUUCAUCCAAAGGAGGAUGACUUAAUCCUCUUGGUGGUCCACAAGGAGAAGGACACCUUUGGGGAAGAAAGUGGGAUGGAGAACCACAAAGUGAAUCAUGUUGGCCUCGUGACACGAUUUUCUCGUCCAUCUGGCUAUGCAAAUAGACAAAAGGAGCAGCAAACUGCCUGUCAUCUUACUGUGCAAACCCGAGGCAAUCUGUCGUUCUUCAUCCAUAAGCAAGUGAAGUGUGUGGUGGUUGGCUCCCUGGUGACCACACACAGAAAGUUCAAAGGUCUUCUGCUGCUGAGCAGGAGCCCCCUGGCUAAACCCAUCAUAGAUCCAAGUUACAACGAUUUCUGUCCCAGAGAUCUGCCUGUAGCCUCAGGAAGUGCUGCUUCAUGUAUGAAUGAAUACAAUGAAGAUCAAAAGAGAGCCAUUGAGACAGCUUAUGCCAUGGUAAAGCAACACCCAGGACUUCCCAAAAUCUGCCUUAUCCAUGGACCACCUGGGACAGGGAAAUCAAAAACUAUUGUAGGACUUCUGUCCCGUGUUUUGAGAGAAAACACUAGGAAUGAGAAAACAGCUCGGGAAAAAAAUUCCAAGAUUAAGCCAAACCGUUUUCUAGUCUGUGCACCAUCAAAUGCUGCUCUUGAUGAACUCAUGAAAAAGAUCAUCAUUGCAUUUAAGGAAAAAUGCCAAAACAAACAGGAGCCUUUGGGAAAUUGUGGUGAUAUCAAAUUAGUGCGACUUGGUGCUGAAAAAUCAAUCAACAGUGAAGUCCGGGGGUUCAGCCUGGAUAAGCAAGUUGAACACAGAAUGAAACGAAAGCCAGGUGACUAUGACCAGGAUAUCCAGAAGAAGAAAGAAGCUCUGGAUCAGAAGCUGGAUAUGCUUUCUCGAGAGCGUGCCAUGCACAGAUGUGAGAAGAGAGAGAGUCAAAUGUUAAAUGAUGAAAUUGGCAGACUUGCAAAGGAGAGACAACAACUUGCUUCUCAGCUAAAGGAGGUUCGGGUGCACUCCCAGAAAGUGCAGGCAGACAUCAUCCUGGAGUCUGACAUCGUCUGCUGCACGCUGAGCACCAGCGGGGGGAGCCUGCUGGAAUCGGCCUUCUCACGGAAGGGGCUCGAUCCCUUCAGCUGUGUCAUCGUGGAUGAGGCAGGGCAGUCCUGUGAGGUGGAAACACUGAUUCCACUGAUCCAUCGCUGCAAUAAACUUGUCCUUGUUGGAGAUCCCAAACAGCUCCCUCCUACUGUCAAAUCACUAAAAGCUCAGCAGUAUGGCUACGACCAGUCCUUGAUGGCCCGUCUGCAGAGGCACCUGGAGGAGCAAGUGCAGAGGGACGUGCUCCACAGCCUGCCCGUGGUGCAGCUGACCGUGCAGUACAGGAUGCACCCGGACAUCUGCCUCUUCCCAUCCAACUACGUUUAUGGCAGGACCCUAAAGACUGCCAAGGCAGUAGAGGAGAACAGAUGUUCUUCAGAUUGGCCAUUCCAGCCAUACCUGAUUUUUGAUGUAGCUGAUGGUCGUGAGGAGCGAGACAAUGACUCUUACAGCAAUCCUCGGGAAGUGAAGCUGGUGAUGGAGCUAAUUAGAACAAUUAAAGAAAAAAGGAAGGAUCUGGGCGUUCGUCGCAUUGGAAUAAUUACCCCUUACAGUGCCCAGAAAAAGAAAAUUCAGGAACAACUAGAAAGUGUGUUUAAGAAUAACAGCCCGGGUGAAGUGGACACAGUGGAUGCGUUCCAGGGCCGGGAGAAGGAUUGCAUCAUCGUGUCCUGUGUGCGGGCAAACAGCUCUGAAGGCUCCACUGUGGCAUGUGUGCUGGCCAACAGCACCAAAGGAUCCAUUGGGUUUCUGGCAAGCCUCCAGCGGCUGAAUGUCACCAUUACCCGAGCCCGCUUCAGCCUCUUCAUCCUGGGCCGGCUGCAGACGCUCAUGGAAGAUAAAAACUGGAAUAACUUGAUUCAGGAUGCUCAGAAAAGAGGCGCCAUUAUCAGGACAACAGAAAAAAAUUAUAAGAAAGAGGCUCUGAGGAUUUUGAAGCUCAGGCCACCAGGACAGCUCCCAGCUGUCCCAGGAGGGACAAUAUCUUCUGUGGCACAGGCUGGUUCUUCCAGUGGCAAGAGGAGUGAGCCUGGAAAUUCUGGGAACAGCCCACGGGAACUUGCUGCUGGCCCUGGCCAUGCAGUGCCCCAAGGAAGCCGAGGGCCCACACAGCCUCCAGGGACUCCGUCUGCAGAUUCCAGGAGGGAAAAUGCCCCUGCACCCUCCUGGGCUUCAGCUGCAGAUUCCAGGAGGGGAAAUGUUCCUGCAUCCUCAGGGGCUGCAGCUGUAGAUUCCAGGAGGGGCAGUGCCCCUGCAUCCUCGGGGGCUGCAGCUGUAGAUUCCAGGAGGGGAAAUGUCCCUGCAUCCUCAGGGGCUGCAGCUGUAGAUUCCAGGAGGGGCAGUGCCCCUGCAUCCUCGGGGGCUGCAGCUGUAGAUUCCAGGAGGGGAAAUGUCCCUGCAUCCUCGGGGGCUGCAGCACUUGCUGCCAUUCCAGAGAAACCACGGGACCCAAGGCUGGCAAGCCUGGCCAGUCGAACUGAAGCCAAAGGGAAAGAGCAGCCCUUGAAGGACGGCCAUCCGUCAGCCCAGAGCAAUCCAGGAUCAACACCACAGCAAGGCCUGGACGUGUCCUCAGCUGCCAGGGAUCAGAUUUGCAGAACAGAAAAUGCCAAGAAGGCCCAGCAAACACCAGGACAGUGCAAUGUGUUUCCCACAGCCCCUCCCACAGCUCAGCAUGAGGGGGACCAGAGAGCAGCUGUGUCCAAAAGCAGUUCCAAAGCCCCCAGUGAAGGAGGUCAGAGCAGUAGCAGUGAGUGGAACAGAGACUCUCGUGGUUUAUCAAGGAGACCAUCCCAGGAAUCACCAGAGAACACAGAAUCAAGCUCUGCCAAGAGAAGAAAGAUCUUUCCCUGACUUUACUAUUGGCUCAUUACUGAAAAUCUAUUCCCAGAUUUCUGUCUAGCAGGGACUGUAUUUUAAAUUAUUUAGCACAGCUGGAACCCCCUUAUAUUGAUACGAGUACUAUCAGAUCUCUUUCUCAUCCUGUCCCUAAUUGUGGAGGGACUUAAUACCUGACAGAUGGUACCUUUGAGGUUUUGAAAAGAGAAGUUGGGUAGCUGCAUUGCUUGAAAGAGCAGUGGGUUUAGUCAUCUAGGAAGCUGAGGUUGUAAAUGUUUAAGGAUGUAUAUUUGUACAGUAUACAGAAUUAUUUUAAGAUAUUUGGUAGUUUCCUUGUGUAAAUGCUAAUUUCUUAGAGAUGUAAUUUUUUAUGAAGAACCAGAGUAAAGCAAAAACAAAACCCAACCCCCAAAACCCAAAAGACAGACUUCUUUUCCCUUUGCACUAAUAUGUCUAAUUUAUUUCAUAACGAAACUGAAUGUUGAAAAUGUGGUAGCGGUGGUUCUUGCUCAUGCUCCACUACUGCCUCAGGAAGGAGUGAGGCAGAUGUACAUUGGUUGAAUGGAAAGAAUUCUACUUAUUUUGUGUAUUUUAUUGCCUGUUUUUAUAGGAACUGAAGAGUUUUUGUUGUAUAUAAAUGUGCCUUGAGUUUUGCUCUUGCUGCUGCUCUAUCAGUUGGAAUCCCUUUCUUGUUGCAGUGGCAACACAAUCUGCAGAUUAAAGCCUGUGAGGUCUGUUUGGUCCCACUGUGUGAGGAGGAAUCAACAGCACUGUGAGAUCUUGGUCCAAGAUCUAGUUAACAGUUAUUGGUAAUAUCACUUGAGUUUCUUUGUAUGGAGCUUUUGGAGAUCCACAGGGAUAAAAAGAACAGGUAGUUCUUUCUAGGUGUUACUACUGGAUUAUUCCCACUGUGCUGAUGAAGAAUAUGCAGCCACUAUAAGAGGACGGCAAAAAACCAAAUUAUUUUUAAGAAAACCUUCCUCUUGUUAUAACAUUUCACAAUAAAAGUGGAAUUAUUUCUACUAAGAAUCCCUUUGGGUCACUGUGAAGUAUCACCUUUUGUUUUCUGGAGCUUGUGCGUGUCUCGGGAGGUGAAGAGCAGCAUUUCACAUGCACUGAGUUUUGUGUGGAGAUAACCUGAGUGCAGCUCUCAGGGAAUGGAGGAGCUGCAGUGUUGGUACCAGUUGGGUGCACGGAGUGGGCCGGCUUGUACCAUCUCCAGGUGUGUGACACCCUGAAGCAGUGUCCUGCUGUCCCUUGUCACUGACAUAAGCAGCGUUGUGGCAGUGGCUUUGCUGGAGCAAGCGAGCCACAGUUGAGCCACAAUCCUCAGUUCUGUUUUCUUUAUUGCAGGGAUAAUUCCAGCUUUGUCCUUUGAACCCUCUGCCAGACAGGUCUGUGUGGUCCAGUUCAGGGAGAUGCCAGUGCCUUACUGGGCAAAGCACCAGGUGCUGGUUCAGGCUGUAACUGCCAGGAAAACUCACAUCCCUAAUGCAUCCAAGCCUGAAACAAACGUGCUUUACUGGUAGGAGCUGCCUUGGAGGUGUGUGGGGAGGCUUUUAUUGCUGGCUGUGCCUGUCCAGCUCAUUGUGCUGUGCAGGACUGAAUAUUUCAAUGUAAUGGGAAGAAUCUGGGAGAUCCCUGUGAGGUGAGAUCAGCAUCUGUGCAUUGUUCAGCUUUAGUUAUUUGUUUUGUUGCAUUCUGAAUCGUUCAGUGACCCCUGACUCCUCCUGGCAGCCCUGUGUGCUCUUCUCCAGCUGGUGUGAUACUUGUGAGGCUGCUGAGUGACUCUGACCUUACCAAACUGGCCAUUUCAGUCACUCCCCAUCACAGACUCCAUACCCUGUGUGUUAUUUCCCUUUAUGUUAAUAGGAACACUUAAAAACUGUCAUCUUCCAAGCCCCUUGGCUCUCGUUGGCAGGGCUGUGCUGCCCUGCCUGCUGUUUGUACUUAGCACAUUAAGAGGCUGCUGCUCUGCAAACCCCACGGCUGUGGAAGCCAUUUGGACUGUCUUGAUGUAAAUAAAGUGAAGCUGGCAACAAAAUUAAUGAGGAAAUGCUUUUCUGGUUAUGAAAUGCAAUUUAGUCACAAGAAUGUUUCUGUGAAACUUGUAGUUCUCUUUCUCCUUACUCUGCAUUUCAGAACAUAUUCUGAGAGCAGUACUUGCCACGUGCUGGAAGGAAUUUUGUUUUAACAUCUCAUUUUUGUUGUACUCUAUAAUGCCUGUAUUUUUCCAUAAAUCAUCUUGGAGGUGUGUUCAGUGGCUCAGACCUUUUUGCUGGUUUAAUACUAGAUUUAUCUGACUUACAUUGUCAGUCUUCAGCAGUGGAUUAUUGCUGCCAUAUCAGUCUGUAUCAUUAGUCCUGUAUUUGUCAAUAAAAAAUGCUUGGGUUAUUGCA